AUGGACGAGACAUCAAUAUUUGGGAGGGACAAAGAGAAGAAUUGGGUGAUAUCUAAGCUGACAGAGUCUAGUAUUCAACAAAACAUAAAAAUUGUUUCAGUCAUUGGAUUAGGCGGCUCCGGUAAAACUACUCUCGCGAAGCUAGUCUUUAACGAUGGUAACACAAUAAAGCAGCAUUUUGAACUUAUACUGUGGGUUCAUGUGUCACGAGAAUUUGAUGUUGAGAAGCUUGUCGAGAAGUUGUAUGAAGCUAUUGCUGGAGACAAGCCUAACCAUCUCCCAUUGCAGCGUGUGAGCAGAACAAUCUCAGACAAGCUGGCUGGGAAGAAGUUCCUAGUUGUAAUGGAUGAUGUUUGGACGGAAGACCACGCUCACUGGGAGCAAUUCAUGGUACAUCUGAAGAGUGGUGCUCCUGGAAGUAGCAUUUUACUCACUGCUCGUAGUAGAAAAGUUGCGGAAGCGGUAGAUUCCACAUAUACAUUUGACAUGCCAUUCUUGUCUGAGGAUAACAGCCAGAAAGUGUUCGAGCAAAAUUUAGGAAGCGCAGCGAUUGGUUUGGACCCUGAAUUCCUACAAAUCGGGACAGAAAUUAUGAAGAAAUGCAGUGGUGUGCCCCUUGCAAUUAAAGUUCUUGCAGGUGUCCUCCGUGGAAUGAAAGGAAUAGAAGAAUGGCAAUCCAUAAGAGACAGUAAUUUGUUAGAUGUUGAGGAUGAAGAACAACCAUAUGGGAAGCUUCGCAACUUACAGACCAUCACUUUAACAUUUUGUACGGCUUUUAAACACCUGCCACAGUGCAUCACUUUAUUGGGUCAUCUACAAUAUGUAGACCUUUCAUGUUGUACUGAGCUUAGAGAAUUGCCUGAAGGCAUAGGCGCCUUGAAAAAGCUUGAAGUUUUGAAUCUAGAGAGAUGCAGGAGAUUGUGUGGCCUGCCAGCAGAUUCUCUGAAGAAUCUUACAUUGGAAGGAAGCCAUGGGCAAUUGCUUUCCUCAGGAUGCUUCUUCCAUCCGCGUCAUGCAGCUCAUGGUCAUGGCAACGAGUCUUCAUCUUCAUCCUGUAUUGUGGAUGUGAAGUAUCCCCACCUCACGUAUCUAAAACUUGAUCGACUGAUAGGCUCAUCAUCUGGCUGGGAGAUGCUGCGGCACCUCACUGAGCUUCGUACAUUGGAAAUAUCUGAGUGCAGGGACCUUAGGAUCUGCGCUUCCUAA